GGAAUCAAAUUUGCUUCACAUUAUUGAUAAGCAAAAUGUUUGAAAUAUAAAAAUAUUUUUAAUUUCAUAUGAUAAAAUACAAAAUUAAUAGUCAGUGGGUGAUACAUGUCAUCUUUUCCUGUAUUUGCAACCCAAGAAGGGUUCCAAAAAAUGGAAUGUCAUAACUUGCUUUAUAUUUUUCUCCCGAUUUUGAUGAAAUUUUCAGCGUUAGGCUCGUAUUGAUUUUUCUCUAUAUAUUCAAAUCAAGUUCUUGUUUGAGUGGACUUGGACUUCUAUGAUGAUGAAUUUCUAAUCUCUCUCUCUCUUUUUCUUUCUCGUUUUUUUUUUCCCAGGUGAUUGGCAAUGAAGUGACAGACCUAAACCCAACAAGUGGCAGCUUGCGAAGCAGGGAUAUCAAGAUGUCACGGAUGUCAAGGAAUCUUUGUUUUGCCAUCUGUGUUGCCGUGGGAAACAUCCUCUUCUACCUGGUCAUGUCCGGAAGUCUUGUGGCCUUCAAGAAGAAAGAGCCUGUUGAGCAAUCUGGCAGAACCCACCAUCUGAGGGCGGAGAUGUUUGAAGAUGAGAUAUCCAAGCUGGUCAAGUCAGCAGUCAGGGAUCACGGCAUGAGUAGGCAAAACCUGAGCAUGAUGCUUGAGAAUGCCUACAGGGAACAUGAAGCAGAAGAAGAUCGGAAGCGCAAGAACAACGAUCAAGACCUGACCAUGGCACUCGAACAUGCGUACAGGGGACAUGCGACGUCCGAACGCAACAGUAUGGAUGACUUCUUCAUCCACAAAGGGAAAUCGGUGUCCACGAAGAGGACCUCUGAUACGGCAAUGCUUCAUAACAAUAAGUCAAGGGAAGAAAAACCAAAAUACGAGAUGACUAUUGAGGAUCUUGCACCUAUUCACUCUGUAGAGAAGGAAUUAGAACCUUUGGAUGUUGGAAAGGUUGAGGAAGUACAAUUUCCUGCAGAGCGUAAUGAUAAAGGUGGUGUGUUGGAUGUCAUCGGGCAGAUGUUUGGAGGAGGCGGUAAAAAAGAGAAACCUAUUGUUUUCCCCCACGACUACAACCUGGUUCUGAAUGAACCCAACAAGUGCAAGAACAGCGAUGGCAGUGACAAGCCAACUUUCUUCCUGGUGCUUGUCAUGAGCAUCCACAAGAAUUUUGACCAGAGGAAUGCUAUACGCAGAACGUGGGGAAGUCCCACAGAGAUAAACGGCAAGCAGAUUGUGACGUUGUUCCUUCUCGCUAAAAGCACGAAUUCCAAACACCAGUCUCUAGUAGAACAAGAAAGCAAGCGAUACAAAGAUAUCCUCAUGGAAGAUUUCAUGGACACCUAUAAGAACCUGACAAUCAAAACGAUGAUGGGGAUGAAGUGGGCCAGUAUCUACUGCCCCCAUGCCAACUACAUCAUGAAAACUGAUGACGAUAUGUACAUCCAGUAUGCCAACAUCGUCCCACACCUUUCAAAGCCUAUUACACCAACUUCAAAUUAUGUGAGUGGAUUUGUCAUCAAUGGCAGUCCUAUCCGUGACCCCAAAAGCAAGUGGUACAUGCCGAAAGAGACCUAUCCCGGUACUAAAUAUCCACCGUUUUGUUCUGGGACAGGGUAUAUGUUUUCAGGGGAUGUCGCGGGGAAGGUCUACGAGACAUCGCUUCACACGCCUUUCCUAUACCUGGAGGACGUAUUCUUUGCCAUUUGUAUACAUUCCCUCCAAAUAGUGCCCAUCAAUCACAAGGGUUUCAACAAUUGGCGGACACCCUAUUCUUAUUGCAAGUACAAGCGCAUUUUUACAACUCACAUGGUCCCUCCGACAGAAAUGCGAAGAAUAUGGGACGACCAGAAGACUGAAAAAGGGUACAAAUGUUAUAUAUGAUAAGACAACAAACCAAGAGCAAUGUAGAGUACUAGUUUGUAGGAAAUGGAAAGUUUCAGGUAACUUUCAUUUUAUUACGUCACUCUGCAAGACUUUGACAAUCAGUUUUUAUUCGUGCUGCAUCUUAUGGAAUUGUGGUACAAGAGGAGAAACUUUAUGAGCAGUGCCUAACCUACUCAUCCACUUCAGCCAGAUAGUCCCUGUAAGAAGCCUGUGUGAAUGACAGAAUUCAGUAAUCAACAACAUACGGCGUGUUGCAAGAAAAUAUUUGCAAUCGAUUACAAAUAUUCUGUUGCAAUUUUACAGUUGAUAGAUCAGUUUUAACUGUAGAAAAUCAGAUUGCCCUGCUUGUUUCAAGAAGCAGAUUAGAAAAUCAAUCGCAAUUACUUUCAAAACUUAUGAUUGAUUUUGGGACCGAAAAUAGACUUGCAAUUGAUCGCAAGUUUCUUGCAACGCCCCAGUAGCCCUUUGGAUGCUGAGUCUGCAUAUAUGCAGGCUGGAGUCUUUGGAAAACAUGUGUUAUAGCAAAAUCAUUUAGUCUCCAACUGGUUAAAGGGAGAGUUCACUCGGACAUCAAGUUGGUCUUGAUAAAUGCAAAGAAAUGAGAGAACAUAUUACUGAAAGUUUGACAAAAUAAAUCAAAGAACAACAGAUUAAUACAUGAUUUUUUAGAUUAUGCGAGCCGCUCUUCCAUACGUCAUGAAAUCUAAAAUUCAUUCAUUCUGAUCUUCUUAACGGUUUUCUCAAAAAAGUUAUCUAUGAAAUGAUGUUCUCUGUUGAUACAUUGAAUGUACAUUAAACAGGUGAAAAAUUUUAUGAGAAAAUGGCAUUUCAUGGAUUUUUUGAUAAAUUUAGCUUUUUGUAUGUGACAUCUUCACAUAUCAGAAACUUUUAUAAUUCUGAAAAAAAAAAAAUUUGAAAGAAACUCCCAAAACAUGUCUUUUCCCUUUUUAGUUGCUUUUGUUAGAACCAACCUAAUGUCAGAGUGGACUUUGCCAUUAUAAAAGUACAUUUUCUCGUUGAAUAGAGUUUGUAACUUUAUAUAUUCGUAAACAAAGCAUCAGAAAUAAGCCUCAUGAAAAGUAAGUUCCCCCUAUUAAAAUCAAAAUGGCAUAAUUGCUACUAUUCAAAAUCUACAAGUCAACCCAACAAGGUGAUUUGAAUUUAAAAAAAUCAACAAGCAUAAUAUUGACUAUUUCAGAAAAAUCAGAUAUAAAAUAUGAAAAACACAAUAUUAUUAUAUAUUAUUAUUCUGUUUUCACUUUGUUAAGCCAAAUUUUGUAAUGCCCCAAGUUUCUUAUUUUCAAUCUAUAUUUGGUUAAAUUUUCAGUGCUAUGCUUGUUAUUUUGUUUGUUCUCUGUUUAUUCAUAUCAGCUUGUUGGGAGUAAACUUGGCUUUAAUGAAAACAGUUUGAGCUAAAUUACUUUGGAGGAGUAUACUUCUAAUUUUGAUGAAAAAUUAAAAGUUUGCACGUCUUGAUGUGUUCUUACUCAUAAAUGACUCAGCAAGUCAAUUUCAAUUUUACACAGAAAAUAAUAAGUGCACACUGUACAUUGGAAUGCUGACAAAAAAAUUGCGGUAUUUUUUAAAUUUUAUUAUCCUUUUUUGAUUUACGUGUAGGAGGAACUUGUAUUUUCUGUGUGUCAUGUUGAUAUUGUUAGUACAGUACUAUGACUAAUUGACAAUAGGGGAGACCAGGAAGGGGAUACUGUUUAUUUUAGAAAAAAAAAAGUAUUCCGUUGAUCACAAAAAAGCUUUGCUUUAGAACCUGGGAGUGUUUUAUGAAAUAUCUUGUCUGUGUUCUUCAUUGACUAAUUUAUUCUGAGCCAAUCAGAUGCAAGGAUUUCAGUAGCUUAUAACAAUACUCAGUGAAAGUCACUGACUUUGUUUUAUGAAAUUCUCCCCAGUAGAACUGUAAUAUGGUGGAUGUAUAUUCCACAUUUAAAACAAGCAUUCAUAUAAUAUGAUAUAAGUAUGUAUUAUUUCUAUUAUUGGACAUCACCUCUUUCGAUUUAAAUAAUGCAGUUCAUUCUCGAAUCAUCGAAUGUAUAUUUGACGUUGCUGCUUAUGAUUUGUAUUCAAUGUUUAAAGUGGCAUAUUGGACUAUUUUUCUGCAAUAGGGAAGGGAAGCUAUGUUUGAUAAUCUUGUUAUUUGUCCAUUUAUUUCUUCUACCCCUUAUCUUGUCUCUCUUUUCCUCCCCCUUCUCUCUCCUACUUUUCUUUUUUCUCUCUCUCUCUGCUUGUAUAUCAUGCCCUUGCACAUAUUUCCAUUCUUUCAUAUUUUUUCUUUUCCCUCUCAUCUGUCUCUUCAGCCUCAUUUGCUCCCCCCUCCCUCUCUCUCUCUCUCUCUCUCUUUCCCUCACCCUCUAAAACUUUAUCUCGACUAUAAUAAAGUAAGGGAUCACUUUGGACAGCUGCAAAUGUUGAUGUUUUUUAAAUGUUAUAUAAAGAGAUUCUUAAUUUGUGAAAUGCACAAUCACAUUAAGGGAUCACUUUGGACAGCUGCAAAUGCUGAAGUUUUUAAAUGUUAUUUAAAAAGAUUAUUAAUUUAUGAAAUGCACAAUCACAGUAUCUCGUACAAUCGUACGUACUCGCAUGCACCAAAGAUUAGCACAGUAUUUGAAUGUUACAUGAUACUCCAAUAUGAUUAAAAUUACUGGUACUGUACCAAAGUUUAUGAAGACAAGGUAAGAGUUUUUCCUGAAUGCGAUGCUGCCACUUACAAAUGGAAUAUGGCUGAAAGCAAAAAAACACAUUGAAAAACUGAUACAUGUACCUACCAUGUACAGUAUUCUUUGUGAUGUCAUUACUGAAUAACAGCCAUUUAACUUAAAGGACAAGUCCACCCCAACAAAAAGUUGAUUUGAAUAAAAAGAGAAAAAUCCAACAAGCAUUACACUGAAAAUUUCAUCAAAAUUGGAUGCAAAAUAAGAAAGUUAUGACAUUUUAAAGUUUCACUUAAUUUCACAAGACAGUUAUAUGCACAUCCUGGUGGGUAUGCAAAUGAGAAGACUGAUGACGUCACUCACUCACUUUUUCUUUUGUAUUUUAUUAUAUGAAAUAUGGAAUAUUCGAAUUUUCUCCUCAUUGUCAAGUGAAACAACGAUUGAUUCUUCCCUGAGCAUGUGGAAUUAGCAUUGUUUAAUACUAUAUGAUUCAGUCAAGUUUGUCCUCAAUGUCAAAUCUGUAAAAAAUGGAAAUAUAUAAUUCAAACAAAAAACAAAAGAAAUAGUGAGUGAGGGACAUCAUCUACUGUCUCAUUUGCAUGUCACUGAGUUGUGCAUAUCACUGUUUUGUUAAAAGUAAGCAAAACUUAAAAAUGUCAUAACUUUCUUAUUUUACAUCCGAUUUUGAUCAAAUUUUCAGCAUUUUGCUAGUUUGAUUUUUCUCUUUUUAUUCAAAUCAACAUUUCUCUGGGGUGGACUUGACCUUUAAGCUAAUCAUUACACACUCUAAAUUGGCAACACAACAAAAACUGCAAAAUCACUUUUUUUUAAUGCAAAUUGGCAACUUUUUCAGUAAUUCAAUUCUUUUACCAUUAAUAUGAACUAAUGCUUUAUCCAUUUUCAAUAAGCCUGUUCACGGUUGUAAACUGCGCACGAGCAGAAAAAGGUCAUUGGAGACAACCAUGAAGGUGGCUUUCAAAUUCACUGACAUAGGCAUUUCUGAUUUGAUGAUUAUUCAUGUAUUCCUUUCAAAAUAUUUAUCACAUCCAAGCUGAAGAGUAAUAAAUAGAGCCUUCAUAAUCACUGGUAUUUGACAGUUAUAUACAAUAUACAAUGCCUUUUGUUCUUAGAAUUUGAAUACUCUACCGGUAAAGCUUACGCAACAUCUACAUUUGAAAAUGAUAGUGCUUAUCCUAAUGAAAAAUCACAAAGGUCAUUUGAGGAAAGUUGAUCAUGAGCUAACCGUGAACUGGCUUAUUAUCAAAGUAUGAAAAUAAUGAUAGAGAAUUAAUUGCUGUUGAAGACAAACAUUUGUCUUGCCAAAUUCCAAGUGUUCAUGAGGUUGUGUUGAGUGAUAAGCUAAUGAAACAAAAUGACAAAUCGGUAUCAUAUGAUUGUAACAUUUUACUUGUGAUAACAAGUUAUUAAUUAUUAUUCUGCAAUUGUUGAAUAACUUAUGUAAAAAUGAAAAUGUGUUGGUACUAUUUUUUACGCUGGUACUAUUUUUGUUCUUACAAUGCAAAUUUGAUUAUUUAUACUAUGGAAAUGACCAAAAAAAAGAAAGUAAGUACCCUCUAUAAUCUAAUGGACAUUACAUUUUGUAGUGAUAAUCUUGGCAGAUAUGUUUUUACAUUGAUUGAUCAGCUUUAUAUUUUUUAUUCUUGUAAAUAGCUUUUGAUAUUUAAACACACCUACAUGUACUAACUAUUAAGAAUGAUAGCAGCAAACAUGUCUAGCAUACUGAAGUGAUGAUGUGACAAAUUUUUUUUUUUUUUGCAUUUCAGCAUUAUCUUCACCAUAGCUCAGUGGAGAAUAAUGCAAAUAUAACCUUAACCCACAUUUGGUGGGAAGGAAUCCACGGGGGCCCAAGAUACGACCUCAUGAAAGUCAUGUCAAUGGAUUAUUAGCCUGGUUUACAACAUUCAGAAUCAUGCCAAUAAUACAUUAAUUUCUACUGGGCUAAUUAUUCAUGAUAUCCGUUGACUUGUAUCUUAUGCCCCUAUAGACUGAUUCCCAUCUAAUUUGGGUUGAGGAGGUAUUUCAUCAUGCUCUAGCGCAAGAAAUAAAAAUGAAGAAAUUUGUGAUGCUAUACUUUGAUACUCAUAUGAAAUAGUUCAUGGCGCUUCGAAAUUCUUAUGAAAUCAAACAAAUAAUUGAUAAUCUGAACAUUUGUUGGACAUAUUUUGUAUAUGAUUGCAGUAAACAUGUAAUUAACAGUAUUCAUAUAUGUAUUCAAGAGACAUUUAAAUUGCCCUAAUAUUGGACUUGACUUUGCUAUAUUGUAAUUAAGAUUUUUUUUUAUUAAUUUCAAAUUUGUUAUUGUUGCACUUCGAGAAAUUUGAGUUGUAAAAGGCAAAUUGAGAUGUUUCAUAUAAUGCAAUGAAAAAUCCUCCAAAGAAAAGAAAAUCUAAAUAACCAAUUUUUUGUCGGAGGUAGGGGUAGUCGGUGGAAUAUCAAAGCAGAAACAGGAAACAAUAAAACCAGGAAAACCCGUCCUACAUUACAAUUCAUGAGAAAGAAAAACCGUGUUAAAUUGUGAUUCACAAGGAAGACCUAUCACCUAUUUAGAAUUACAGCCAAGGGACAUAUGUAGUCAGAGAUGCCAGCCAUACCUUUUUUUGCAUAGUUUCACCUUUACAUUACGAAUAUUAAAACCAUUCCUUUUUGUUUCUGCAUGUCUUGCUUUUUUUGCUAUGAAGAAGGCCAUACAUUUUUUGGUAUGUUUUAAUACAUUUAAAAGAAAUUCUGAUCGUGGAGUAUUUGCCAUAGUAUGAUAUGCACGAUCUGCUUUCCAUUGACAGCUGCAACUCCUAUCUGCAGUUUGGGGCCUUGCUUGCUCUUUUAUAGUGACCGUGUAGACUUGAGACCAUCACAGUGAGGGAAAUAAAAAUAAAAAAAAGAUCCUCUAUUUGUGGGUAAAUAAUACUCUUCUUCUUGGAAUGUUUUUUUUUUCUGUUGAAGAAGGUUGGCAUCUCUGGAGUUGAACUCUCCAUUCAGUUUUGAGUUUAGUCAAUUAUGCCAACGCUUAUUUGAACAGUGCCUGCUCAAGACAAGAAAAAUAAAUAACUGGGAUCCCCAUCACAAUCUUCUCAACACAUGAUACAGAUCAUUUUUUUUGCACCGGCAUUAAAAUGAUUACACAGACUUGUUUUCCAUGAAAUGCAGCAGCAGAAGCUAUUGCCUGACAGAGACAACCCUCUUUUGAAAUUGAUCAGAAUUAAAUUCUGGAACACAUUAAUCAGAAAUAAAGAUGAAUGGGGGGGGGGGUCAGAUUGACUCUCAGCCUCCCCUAAUAAGAACAAGGUAUGAAAAUACCCAGUUAAAAUAGGGCUAAAUUAACUGUGCCCCCACAAAUUAUUUUAAAAAAUCAAGAACAUCCACCGUUAAAUAUGAUUUUCUGCGGAACAUGCUCUUUCUUGGCUAGAAAUACUGUGUAAAUGUAUAAUGGAGUACUAGUAAAUACAAUAAUUUUAAAUAGUCAGUAUUGAUAAAAACAUGUACAGAAUAAUGGCCUUUGAUUUUUUGGUAGCUAUUUUCAAUGUGUGCUUAUAAUCAUUUCCACCAAUCCAUGCAAUCAAUUUUAAUGUUUGUGUUAUUUUUUUGUGAAAAUUCUGCAUUAUCAACAGCUGUUGUUGAAAACUGUUUUUGUUUACUUAGUUUAAGUCAUGAUGUGAACCGUGAAUGAGUUUGGGCCAGAAUUUGAUGAUGAUUUAAAUCUUACAGGCAACAUUGACUAUUAAAGUCAAAUCUAUUGGAACUGCAUAAUCCACAGUACUUUGACUUAGGAGAAAUUUGACUUCAAAGAGGUGUUGUGAUUAAUGUGGUUAAAAAUUGCUUCGAGUUAGAUGAUUUUUUUUUCACUUAUGGCAUGUCGACUUAUGCAAGUUUGCUUGUAUAUUCAAUUAUCACAUAUUCUGACUAUUAUAAUGAACUUUUUUUUUUUCUUGUUUAUCGUUUGAUUAUUAUUUUUCUGCAAUGAAAUUAUCUUUCUGUCUAGACCAGAGUGAGCAUUAUAAUUAAUCGAAAUCACAGUCUAUGCGCUUUAGAGAUACUAUAUUAAAUACAAUUCCAGUUGUUUUAAAAUAUAA